AGGCGGGCGCCUAGGUCAGAGGUGAUUGCGUGUUCACUUUGAUAUUUUUGCCUUUUUGGCUAUGCAGUUUUUGUCUUGCUGGUGAUCUGCCUCUAACGCGUCUUUGCCUGGGCCAGACAGAUACUCUACAACCGGAUUUUCCCUCCUUCGAAGCUGUGAACUCUAUAAUUUUGGCUCUAGAGUCAGCGGACCAUGCACUGACUAGGAGUUUUCGUAUCAUAGUACAGUGACUGCGUAUGGGACGAAUGCGAUCGCAGCAGGAGCUGGGCCACUAAUAGGGCCAUCGGCUCCUUAGAAAGCCACGCCUACUAUUGGCCCAACGGAUCAUCGCCAGGGGCACGUCGCAUUGCUCGGCAUGCCUAAGCUCCGCAGACAACCGGACUAAAAUGUGCAACCUCCGCAAGUCCCCCGUCGCAGCGGAGUAGAGUAGAGUAGAACCGGAAGACGGUGGAACUCUGCUUAGUUUGCCUGGGGAUUGACUAUAAACUAGGACGCUUCCCCCCUUUCGUAAUUGGCUCAGAUAGCUCUACAAACUUCCAACACACAGCCAACCCGGAACCAACCAUAUUUUUCCCCCUCUACAGCCAACCUGCCCCAAAUCGCAACAAUGGUUCUCACGCUUGUUGUCCCCGAUGAGUACAGCUACGUCCUCGCUGCUGUCACCUCUACCUUCUUCGUCAACACUGUGCACAUGUUCCGCACCUCCAAGCUCCGCAAGGCUAGUGGUAUCAAGUACCCCAAUGCUUAUGCCUCCGAUGAACAGGCCAAGAAGGACCCCGCUGCCUACACCUUCAACUGCGCCCAACGUGCACACAACAACUACACCGAGAACCAGACCUCACUCAUUGGUGGUGCCCUGAUUGCCGGUCUUCGCUACCCUGUCCCUGCUGCCGUUCUCGCUGCUACUUGGGCUGCCGGCCGCGUCGUGUACCUCUUCGGCUACACUAGCAGCGCUGGCCCCUCUGGCAGAGUCGCCGGUGGCAUCUUUGCCAGUCUCAGCGACGUCGUGCUUAAGUGCAUGGCCGCCUACACCGUCUACAAGAUGAUCGUCUAAGGCAACGACGUAGAUGCUGAAAGUCUUGUAAUAUUAUUUAAACGAUUCCAAUACAUGUGAUGCAACUAUUUUAUUCAAAAUGUUCUCUCCACCCGCCGCCUCAGCUCAACCUCGAUCUCAUUGUCACUAUCGACGUCUUUGUGGUCGCUGUUUUGUGAAUGUGUCGUCUGUGCUCGUUCAAUACCGUUAUUACCCAGUAGGAAAUCUCCUACAUAUUUCAUAGCAUCAAAAAUCUCCUCACCAGAAGGGAUAAUCUGGUCUUUCGGUAAAAGGAAGCCAUAACUUCCAGUGUCGCGGAGCUUAAUUUGAUAGCUGAAGUGUGCGCUCAUAUCGUGAUAGAACCAGUCAAUGGCGGAGCCACCUCCGGGCUCUAUGCGCGAUGCAAAUCCCCCAGAGCCUCUAAGGUUGUUGGCGGAUGUAGCUUCACAUGCAGAAGCCACGCUAUAGCUCUGCCCGUUGGAGAGGCGGAUCGCUUUGGCGAUACCGGCGGCAAGCUCUUCCAGGUUUUCGAGGUUGGGUGGCUCGACGGAGCAGGAGUGUGAAUAUGGAUAAAGGAUUUGCUGAGAAUAUGAGUGCAGAUCUAAAACUCCCACAAACUUUACAUUGUUAUUGGCGACUUCGUUGCGAGCCCAGUCUGCGAUAGAUGCAGCUUCAGCGGCUUGGAAAGGCUCUUCGCCGCCAUAACUUUCAGAGCAGGGGUCAGAAACACUAGAUGACCCCCAUCCAAAACCAAAGGCGUGGUCAAGAUCGAGCCCUCGGCAGAAUCGGAAAUUGGUGUGCUGUCUUGACUUGCGCCAAAGUCUGUCAACAUCCCACGAGUACUUGACACCAUCUGGGUUCAUUACGGGAAUGAACAAAACCUCAAAAUUAUACAAGAAUUUUGUGAUCAUGGGCUCUUUGUUGAACGAUGUGAUAAACGACCAAGCAACGUAGUUGACUGUUGUGGUGGAGAUCCAUUCACGAGCGUGGAGGCCCCCCAUAACAACGAGCGUCUUGCGAGGGCCACGCUCAUUAGAGCGAGCAAAGCCAACUCUCAGAGCAGGGAUUUCCCGACCUUCAUAAGAUUCUCCAACGGAGAUGUAUUCGACGUGUGAUGGAAACAUGGCUUCCAAAAGUCGCAUCCAGCGCUCAAUAACGUCCAGAGGCUGAUAAUCUUGGAAGAACAGGUUGUCGAUGGCAGAUGACGAGAGAGACGCUAGCUUAAUGUUCACUUCCGUAGGAAACUUUGGCUCAUCGUGGGGUAUGCCUUUGUAGACAGCUAGAGCAAGGUCGGAUAUCAAUGUAGUAUGUGAUGAUUGUAGGGAAGCUGGGAGGAGGCCGAGGAGAGGACCAACUUCGUCGGUGUGAAGGCGAAUAUCGAUGUAAUCUUCUGCGACCGACCAAAUGUCGAGGAAAAGUUGCGAGGAAGAUUCUGAAAGGGCUUUCGCCUCAUGGGUUGAUGAAACAUUGAAGCGCAGAACGACUUCGUUUGCGUAUCGUUGUCGCAGGGUAUCGAGGGUGGGAGCGCGAUGAGCUUGCUGUUUAUCAGCGUGUUUGCCGCCGAGGAAGCGCAGAGUGCCGUCCUUUAGUCUUUGAAACCAAGUCAAGUCUGGAAGAUCUUUUUCGGCUUGAUUAUGUAGGCUUUGGGAGGCGACUGUCGCUGUGAAGGCAAAGGCGAAGAUAGUGAAGAGAGCCACUAAGAAGCGGCUGGAUGAGGCCUUCAUGAUGACAGGAUUAGCUAUCGCCUUCGCAAUCCAAUGUCGCUGUGCCGUGUUAAAUGGAACAAGGCUGUUUACUUGUGCAUGUAGGGCGGUUGUUGUCGAUGUCUGUUGUCGAUAGUUCUCCUUCAACCAGAGGCCGC